GAAGAGUGUGCACUGUAUCCACCACUUGUAAUGCCUUAGCAGGUCUCUGCUUGUAUUUUCCUGACAUGGGAACACAUACAGCCCACUUACUCAGUUGGAAUUACACAGCAUAGAUGACAACAUCCUCUUGGAGUUUGGAAACUCCCAGAUGGCUUCCACACCAGUGCAGCUCUCCCUCCAGGACCGGACUGUGAAAGGCGAAAGGAUCAAUAAGGAAACUGGAGAGCUAAGUGCUUCAGGGGAAUUAUCUGUCUCGGUGGAGUUGAAGUCAGAGAAGGUGGAGGGCUCUUGUGGCAACCCUGAACUCCUACAAGUGCUCAGAGAGCAACUACAGGAGCUGGGAAUCCACACAUACUCAAGCUGUGACCAAAGAACUGACCAUGUUUCUGCAGAGCAGAGAGAUCAGCACCUGCUCAGAGUCCUGCCUCUCUACAUACAGGUUUGUGAGGAUGGUGGCAGAUUUGAAGGUGUGGACAUAAAGGGGCUUGCAGCACUCACUGCUGACACUGUCAUCCAUAAUAUCCACAAAAGACUUUCAGAACGGCCCGCAGAGAAGGCUCGUGAAGAGGUGGUGCAGUUCCUCAGGAGGUUGAAUAAGGACACAAGUUGUGAAACAGAUGGAGGUUCUGGAUGGCUGCUGUUAAAGUCCCUUUUGCUUCUCAUAUCCAGCACCUCAGAUAUAUUGAUGUGUAUAGACCCAGAACUGCUUGCUGCUUUGGUGAAAUGUCUCUACUUGUUAGUGUGCCUUCCAGCCAAAAAGGAAAGUGAAGCUUUAGAGCAGACCUUUCAGGAGCCUCUGACACAGAUUUUCCUACUGCUCUGUAAGCAUCCAAGUAAUGUGGAAAGGUUGGUUGAGACACAGGAACUUCAGUGUCUUAUCAUUGGACUCACAUCACUCUGGGAUCAGACCAGUACCAGCUGGAGGCACCAGGCCUCACGCAUCCUGAAAGCAGUCUCCGCUGUGCCGACAAGCAAUACUGUCCCAUGCUUGUUAGGUAAAAACUGUAUUAGAAUCUGCAUCCAGAACUUGUUGCUCAUCAGAGCAGAGGUUGUCUCAGGAUCACUGCUUGCUGAGGUGGCUGUGGCUGUAUUUAGCUUCGUUAGAGAUACAUAUCACCUCAGCCCAGAUCUCUUCAUCGAGUUUGACACCAACAAUGGCUACAAAGCCCUGGAGAACAUCAUGAAAUGCUGUGAGGAUGGUGUGGCCGUGGAUGAGUUUCAGCCUGUGGAGGAGUUUCUAUCUCUUAUUGCAUCUUUUACUUUUCUUGGGAAAAAUGAGCUGAAAGUGGGUCUUUGUGUCACCAACCCCCAACCUCCAGGUUUUAAGUUUGACCCACCACUCACCAAAGGGUUAGCAGUAAAGAACCUGCCUGCUUUCCACCUGCUGCAGGCCUCUUUGAUUCGUUCCCAUGAUUCUUUGCUGUGCUGCCAGCUUCUUCGAACUCUACAAACGAUAUGGGAGAAAGAUCCGGCUAAUUUCUUCCUCUUGGAGUGGACCGUUCAGUCCAUGGCCCAGCUUGCUGCCUGUGUGUGGCGUAAACCGGCACCAGCCCAAAACUUUUUCUUUUCAAUGCUAGAAACGGUGGUAUUUAAAAUGAAUUACAUCCCCCAUGAGGCACUGCGAGCGCUACUGGGUGUACUGAAGCAGAGGUGGGCUGGGACACUGGCUGAUGGAGUGGCGGGGACAGAGUUUGGAGUGGUGACUCUCAAGUGUUUUCACAACAUGACUGUGCACAGUGCUGUGCUAUCCGAGGCGCUUAGUGACUGGGGAUUGUUAGAGCUGCUGCUUGGGGAACUUCGCAGGAGAGCUAAGAUCCUUAGAAAGGCUGGUGUUGCAUCUUCCUGUAGAAAAGAUUCUCAGCAGCUGCCAUGUGCAGAGGAUGGUGAGAGAGUGCUCACGACCGUCAUGCUUCAAAUAGUUUCAACCCUUACAUUGCGUUCUAUCAAGAACACAGUUGCAGUGCGAAACCUUGGUAUGGUUCCCUACAUAAAGAUUUUCUUGGAUGAGAAUCAGUAUCGAGGUCCCACUUUGAGCAUUUUGGAGCAGCUAGCUGAAAUUAAUCCUGAUGAAUUCAUGAGCACAACCAUCGGAGCCCUCUGCUCCUCCACACAGCAGGAACUCAGGUUAAAGCAGGACCUUUUGCAGUCUCUGCUGAGGGUGCUGGAGAGCCCUAACAGUUGGGAUGCCUUCAGGAGGGCCGGAGGCUUCACAGGACUGCUGUCGUUGGUGAUAGACAUGGAAGGAGCUUUGUCUGACCCACUGAAGGGAGAUGUAUGGAAGACUCUGGGGCAACAACAGCUGCUGGAUCUCCUCCUCCUUACACUGCACACCCUGGCCCUGGCUGUGCAUCUUCACACAGUAAAUGCGCACCAUUUUGAGGUUGGUGGCCUUUAUGAAAGGCUGUCAGAGGCUCUACUCCAACUGGGUUGUUUCCACACAGAAAGCCCAGAGAGAGAGAACUGGGAUGAAGAGAAGGGCUCCUUUUCCAAGAUUUCAGAGGACAACCCGUCACCUGGGAAGAGUUUCUUCGAGUUUGUUGAGUUAGCAGAAGCCUUUGGACCUCCUACACCUUCUUCCUGCUCACCCCAUCCCAAUCUGCCGGUCAGUCUUCAGAUGUGUAUUCGGCUGCUCUCAUACCUCGACCAGUUUGCCACAGGAACACUCUCUCCUCAGGAAUUUAAAUUGGGACAGGAGCCUAAUGAUGGGUGUGGUGGAAAUGGAGAUGGAGACAAACUGCAUGAACCAACAGGAUAUGAAGGAGCAUAUCCAGGACCCUUUUUUGCCCUUUCAGGUCCAAACUCUGUAGAGGAAAAACAUGAAAAUUCCACAAAUACUGCACCCCUUAGUCCCACAAUCUCCACAGAGACUCAGUGCAGUAGAUUCACCUGUGAUCAGAUUAUUCUUCAUCCAGGAGCAAUCCGAGUCAUUAUGACUCUCCUUCCACAUGUGUUCACUCCUGAGGACCCACAGCUCUCUAUGGAGGUCCAGUUCUCUCUGGCACACCACAUUCAGGCCAUGGUCAAAUCUGAGCAAAACCGCCAAAUAAUGUGUGAGGGUGGGCUGGUUUCCACUCUCCUGGCACACUGUCGAACCAUGCUGCUGGCUCCAAACCACCCAUUACAUCUAUGUGUGACACGAAUCUUAGAGAAGCUUUCCUCGCAGGCUAUCUCAUACUCUGAUUUCAGAAAGUUCCUGUGUUUAGGGGACCCUCUCAUGUGCUUAGCAUACAAAACAUCCAAACAGCUAGAAUCACCAGCCAAAAAUCCCGCUACAGAUGAUCAAAGCACAGAGGCAGCUGCUGAAUCGUCAGUAAAGAAACUGAAGCGGACCUUCAGCUUGUUACAGUCUACAACCUCUUGUGGCUCUGCAAUCCCUGUCCACCAGAUCAUCAGUCUGGUGUCUAUGACAGCACCACGCACAUUUAGACCGCACAGAGUCUCCUCUUCACCUGCCUUUGUAGAGUUUGACAUGAGUGAGAGUGGAUAUGGCUGUCUUUUCCUGCCCUCUCUGGCCACAGUGAAAGGUGUGACUGCUGAUUCAAUUUCAACCGGUGGAAUUGGGGGCGAAUGCCGAGGUUUUCCACCUACAGCUGGUCUCUCAUUUGCCUGCUGGUUCCAGAUCAACAGAUUCAGUUCAGCCUGUGAUUCCCACCCAAUCCGUCUGUUGUCAGUAGUUCGCCACAUGUCCCGAACUGAACAACAGUACAUCUGUUUGUCAAUCUCCUUCUCAGCCUGUGAUGGCUGUCUGGUGAUCUCCACUGAGGAGGAGGCAUUCACAUACUUAGAUAUGAUGGAGCCUGAAGUUUCCACUCCAACGUCUUUGCCUACGUCACUGCGUUUCCGCUGCUCUAGCCUGCUGGUCCCAGGUCAGUGGCACCAUCUGGUUGUUGUCAUGGCUAAAGAUAUGAAGAAGAGCUGUCUGAUGUCCGCCUACUUCAAUGGCAAGGCUGUGGGGACAGGAAAGAUGAAGUAUAUUCAGCCAUUCCCUGGUCAGUAUGUCUCUAUGGACCCCACAGCUGUGAUUGAUGUGUAUGGACUGAUAGGGACACCAGCUCCCUGGAAGGAACAUGCAGCUCUUGUGUGGCGAGUGGGUCCUUCUUACCUCUUUGAAGAGGCUUUAAGUUCUGAGGCUGUGGGUGUUAUGUAUGCACAAGGCACCACAUACCAAGGCAACUUCCUGGCUCUGCGCAACAUGUACCACGAUCCAGAUGCAGAUGCUGAGUCCCCCCCUUUCAGACUGGUCCCAGAGGAGAGGAUCUCAUUUGGCAUCAACCCAGCAAUCUCUACCUUAACAACUGUAGCCCAGAUCAGAGAGGAUUACAACGAAGUGGAUUGUAGACUGAUUGCAAAAGAGAUGGGAAUAACGUCUCGAGAUCACUCAACGCCUGUUUUACUCACUCAAAACAUCAGCAAGCACCUCAAUGGUACCGCUCGCACCAUAGGAGCCGCCCUGAUUGGACAUUUUGGUGUGCGAACUUUCACCCCCUGCUCUGCUUCCAAUGGUUUCUUGUACAUUGGUGGGCCUGCAGUUGUUCUGAGCUUGGUCGCAAUGGCACCAGAUGAUAGCUCCUUGUAUGCAGCUGUUAAAGUUCUUCUUUCAGUGCUGGAGACUAACUCUGCCAUGCAGCAGGAAAUGAUUCGCAUCAAUGGAUACAAGCUACUAGCUUUCUUGCUGAAGAUGAAAAGCAGUCUGGUCAGCCACCGAACUUUUCAGCUGGUUCUGUGCCUCUCGAGUUCCUUGGAACUGAGCUGUGGCUCUGGUUGUCUUCAGAAGACACCUGCUUUCCAGGCUUUGCUGUGCGACCUGGAGGUGUGGCAGAACACGCCGGAUCAUCUGGACCUCUCCGUUCUGAACCACUUUGCUGAAAUCCUGAAUUCCUCAAGUGGUGACGCCAGGAAUGCAGCAGUCAUACACAGUGUGGGCCUUUUGCCAAAGCUGCUGUUAGAAUUGUCUGAUCCUGCUGUGACCUUUCAGAAGGCUAAAAUUAUUUCUUGCGUCAUUACAUCGCUCCUAAAGUCUCACUUAACCUCUUUGGACAUAAGCAGACUUGGGCUGUUCUUGGUCUACACACUCCCUCCGUCCAGUCAUAUGACAGAAAGCAGUGAGGUAUCUGAUGAUGAUCUUUCACACGAUAUGCCAGCUGAGAGUUCUGGUCCAGCAAACCUCAUCUGGAUCCGCAAUCAGAUACUACAUGUGCUUUGUGAAGUCCUCAACUCUGACAGCCUUCUAAUCAAAGAUCAGAAGAAGACAGUGUUUGGAUCUCUUGGCAAUGAUUGGUUCCUGCUCUUCCUUCAGGCCCACCUCCACCCCUCUACCGUGAAACUGGGUCUCGUCCUUCUUACACAUUUUCUGUCGAGUCCCAGCCAGCAGAGCAGCUUCAGAGAGGGGGUGCUCCCAGGAACACUCAUAGAGGGCAUGGAGGAACCGUUUGCUAUCAUGGAAAACCUUCAUGCCCAUCCAUGGUCUUAUGAGUGCCCGAGUGCCACAUGCCCAGGCUUUGAUGUUCUACCUGAGCUGCUGAUUAGACUUUCUCACCUGCCUCAGGUGUAUGAAGCCCUUGCUGCUCUGCUGCUGGGAGAAAAGGCCAGUCACAUUGCAGAGAAAAAGGUGCAUUUGGACAGUCCCCUACAAUUGCUGAUUGACAGCCAAGCGGACACUUCUGCUCAGCAGCUCUGUGUUGAAGCUGCAACGAUGCUCCUGCAUUUAGUCAAAGUCAUCAUCACUCAGUCUAUUUUUCCAGCUGAACACAGAUCAAGUACAGAUGAUUUAUGGAAGUUACAGCUUCCAGCAAGUGUGAUGCAGUUUCUUUGUCUCCUUCACAACCUCCGGCCAAGAGACCCACUGUGGGCGUCACCCACCUUCCUCCACACACUUGCCGAAUGUGUGUAUCCUCUGGAGGUUCCAGAGGUUGUCUGUCAGCCUUGUAGCCUUGACAGUGAGGACACAUUCAGCACCACCAGAAAACCAGUACUUGACUUCAUGCGUAUUCUGCUGAUGGACAGUCUUCUUAAUGUGUGUCCCAACACCAACACCCAUCCUCUGAUUCUGCUGUUGGAGUUUUACCCCGAUGGUUCAUCACUGGAACAGAGGCAGAGUUUUCUGUCUGAGCUGGUGGAGCUAAUCAUGAACAUCAUCCACAUGCUCGGCCAUGAGGAUGACAACAACACUCAUCUCAGCUCACAAGGCUGCAACAAUCAGAAACCUGAGGGACAGAUGGGCACAUUCAUGGAGAAUGUGGUGCUUUUCAACAAGACUUUACUGCAGAAGCUUUAUGAUGGGACAUUCAUUGCAGACUCUAAGACUUUUCUCGACUUUCUUGCAGAUCAAAUUAUGGUGACUCUGGAGAAAGGUCACACUCAGAAGGAAAAGACGGUGUCUGCGCUCUACUCAUGUACCAAUAAAGUCCUGAUUUAUUUCUUGUCUCAAUCGCGACAUUCUCAAGAUGAAAAGGAAGCAGUCAUCAGGACGUUGCAGACGCUCAUUGAACGCUGGGAUGUUGUCAUGGCAACUUACAAUGCAAACGUGAACUUCAUUACUUGUCUUCUUCAUUGCCUGUUAUUGAUUCGAUCUGGCAGCUACCCUGAAGGUUUUGGAUGUUUGGCCCAAAAAGCAUCCAACAGGAAAAUAUCGCCAUGCCUCUUGCCUCCCAAAACCAGACAUCUUGAAUGCUUCAGCAAUGGACCAGACACUACUGCAGAUGACAGACAACUGGUGUCCUUAGCAGAGGCCUGCUGGUCAAAGGUCCUAUCAGAGAGGCAACAUAUGCUUGAAGAGACUUAUAAGAUAGAGAUCUCAGCAAAUCACACAGCAGCAGCGAACCCUGUCAGCAUGACCAACAUUAGCCCACUGUGGGAGGAGAUGGCAUGCAAAGCCUGGCUGCUACACAUAGAGUCUCAGAAGAAGAAAGUGGCCAGCAGCUCACAGAACAAGUUUGAUGUUAUUAGCAGUGCUCUUCGCUCUGUUUUGAGAAAAGGUCAAGAGUCAGUAAAAGCAGAGGAUUUUCUGUCCUACAUGGAGUCACAUCGGCAGAGAGGCCACAUCAUUUUUGAGAAUAUGAGGACAAACCACUUGCAGUUGCGAGUUACUGAGUGGGAGAGUGUGAGCUCCCAGUGGCUGAAUGUAGAGGCCGAGCUGCUGAGGGAGAGAGCUGUGUUUGGUCCUGGCCCAGGGGUGCUACUGAGCCAAGACUGGGUGCAGGACUCUGCUGAAGGACCCAGUCGCACCAGAUCACGCAUCCGCAGAAAAGCCUUGAGACAUUCAAAACCGCAGGUGCUAGGAAUGCUGUGUCUGGGUUUGAGGUCUGAAGAGAGCAAAAGCAGAAACGAGGGAGACACAGAACCGAAGAUUUUGUGUGAAGUUGGAGCAGAGGUUAAGGAGGACAAUGCAGAUGGAGGACAGUGUUGUGAUCGGUUGACAUUUUUCCCUGCUCUGAAUGAGACAAAUUCUGCUACUGAGGGUCUACCUGAACCCUUCAUCCCUGAACCCUGCUCCCACACACAAGACUGCCCAGACAUGCGUAUCAUCCUGCAGGAACUUUACCCUGGAGAGAAGAUACAGGCAAAGAUGUGUGUAGUGAUGGUGAGUAGCCUCAGAGUCACAGAAAGUUUGCUCCUGUUUGGGAAGGACAGCCUGUUCUUAUGUGAGGGAUUCACUCUCAGUCCAGCUGGAGAUGUUUGUUGCAGGAAACACUACCCCAGCAGUGUGAAAGAUUCCUUCAUUUCCACCAUGCUGAGUAAGGAGCCAUCAGCCAGCUGCAGACGCUUGCUCUAUGAAGAUGUCAAGGAAGCUCGCUUCAUGCGGUUCCUCUUAGAGGACAAUGCUAUCGAGAUCUUCAUGAAAAAUGGACACUCAGCUUUCCUGGUAUUCCUGAAUAAAAACCAUGUCUCUGCAUACAAAAGGCUGAGCACUGUCGUACCAGCUUUAAAAGGCAGAGCGGUUGCUGAGGUCAUUGCUAAUGCUAAAAAGACUCCUGUGGUUGGAAAGACAGCCCUCGUUAAAUGGCAGAAAGGGGAGAUGAGUAACUUUGAGUACUUGAUGCAUCUGAACACUGUUGCUGGAAGGACCUACAAUGACUUGAUGCAGUAUCCGGUUUUCCCCUGGGUCCUGGCUGACUAUCAAUCAGAGAUAAUUGAUCUGUCAAAUCCUGCAACUUUCCGUGAUUUGUCCAAACCAAUGGGAGCUCAGACAGAGAAAAGGAAACAGAUGUUCAUCCAGAGAUAUGAGGAGGUGGAUAACAAUGAGGAUGAAGACUUGUCUGCACGUUGCCACUACUGUACCCAUUACUCCUCAGCCAUCAUUGUGGCCUCCUUCCUUGUCAGGAUGGAGCCUUUUUCACACACUUUCCAGACACUGCAGGGAGGGUUUGAUAUCCCUGAACGGAUGUUUUACAGUAUAAAGAAAGAGUGGGAGUCGGCCUCCAGAGACAACAUGGGAGAUGUGAGAGAGCUGAUACCUGAAUUCUUCUACCUGCCGGACUUCCUGCUCAACUCCAACCACAUCCAGCUAGGUUGCAUGGAGGAUGGUACUGCUCUGGGAGAUGUCAAGCUUCCUCCAUGGGCGAAAGGUGACCCACAGGAGUUCAUUAGGAUCCAUCGAGAGGCCCUAGAAAGUGACUAUGUGAGUUCCCAUCUUCACCUGUGGAUUGACCUAAUCUUUGGCUUUCGGCAACAUGGUCCAGCUGCAGUAGAAAGCGUGAACACAUUCCACCCUUACUUCUAUGCCCAAAGAGGCCGACGAGAUGCAAAGGAUCCAAUCAUCAAGAGCACAAUCUUGGGAUACGUCAGCAACUUUGGUCAGGUUCCUAAACAGCUGUUCACUAAGCCUCAUCCACCUCGCAGUGGCUCUAAGAAAGAAGGGUCCUCACCAUCCUAUCCAACUCCAUUUUUUUUCAAACUGGAUAAACUAAAGAUUUCUUCACAGCCAUUCAGAGAGUUGCCAAGAGGUCCAGUAGGUCAGAUAAUAUGCCUGGAAAAAGAAGUCUUGGUCCUGGAGAAAAAUCGGCUCCUCAUGUCGCCUCUGCUGGGUUGCUUCUUCAGCUGGGGAUUCCCAGACAACAGCUGUGUUUUUGGAAACUAUGCCACAGAAAAGAACUUUGCAGUGAGUGAGAGUUUGUGUGAUUGGGGUGAGAUGUUGUGCGCCGCCUGUCCCAACCCGACAACCAUCAUCACUGCAGGAAGCAGCGCUGUCGUUUGUGUGUGGGAUGUGGCAGUUGUCAAGGACAAACUCACUCACAUGAAACUCAGACAGCCAUUAUAUGGUCACACAGAUACAGUGACAUGUCUGGCUGCGUCUGAGAUCCACAGCUUAAUUGUGAGUGGCUCCAGUGACCUCACUUGCAUCCUGUGGGAUAUGGAAGAGUUAAGUUACAUCACCCAGUUAACAGGACACAAAACCAGCAUCUCUGCACUGGCUAUUAAUGAACUCACUGGUGAGAUAGUGUCAUGUGCAGGACCUUGGUUCUACCUGUGGACCAUGAAGGGCCAGAUGUUGACUUGCACUGACACUUCCUGCGGGCCUCUGGCAGACAUCCUAUGUGUCAGCUUCACACAGCGACAUGAGUGGGAUGCCAGGAAUGUCAUUGUCACGGGCUGUGCAGAUGGGGUUAUACGGAUAUGGAGGACAGAGUACACCAGAACGCAAUUACCUGGCCCUCCAAAAGAGCCUGUGUCCCCAGGGCAUGACCGAACAGAGAGAGAUGGGAGCACCUCAUGCCUGUCGAAAGGCUGGAAGAGGCGCCUGAUGUUAUGUCAAGAGCUGAACGGAGGUCAGACUGCAUCACAACGUCACUACAAAAAUAGUCCGGCUAUCACUGCUCUCGGCAUGUCCAGGAGUCAUGCUACUCUGUUGGCAGGCGAUGCCUGGGGCAAAGUUUUCACCUGGACCUGUGAGUGAGAAGCAGCACUAGGUCAGCACAGUCAUGUCUGCAGCCAAUCAACAUCUCAGGUCUGAUAUCAGCUGAGGAAUAAAACCUGCUUUCCAUCAACUGUCUUGUGUGCAAAUUCAUGGAGAAUAAAGUUGCAACAGAUUCAUGUUUUACAUUAAAGAAAUAUUUACAUUCUAUAUUAAUAUUUAAUUCUGUUUUUUCUGUGUAAAUACUGGAUUUGAAUAUAAUUCAAUAAAAUUAUUAUCAAACAUA